GAUCUCUCCGUCCACAGAAAGUCUCUUCUAGUCCUUCUGUCAUUAGGCCUUAAUUGGUUCUUAACUGGAAUUCAACCCAGUGAAACAGGCUCCACGCUGGGCUCUGACGCUGACCUUGACUCUCAGCUCUCCAACAAAGCCAUAAAGUGAUUGUUACAUCAGAUACCAUCUGUGAGGAAAUCAGUAUUAAAAAUAUGGAGACGCUAAAUUUAAAAUACGGUCAACACACAGCGAGCUACUGUGGCUGACUGACAGCUAGCUCGUUUGCUUACAGACAAAAUGUUAAUUUAAAAGAUGCUUUUGUUCAAUGGGCUUCUGUCUGUGGAGUGAUUUAUAGAAGCCCUAUGGAGACGCAGCUAAUGUUGUAGCUCGCUCCCUGUCAAGUCGCUUAUAGCAGCUUUUGUGUUCGAGUUUAACUUGGAUAACGUGGAUUUAGCCUCCAUGAGUGAAACAAAACUACAGCUGACACCAGGUUAGACAGGGUUCACAUUCUUGCUGUCAGUAUGACAAGCUGCUACCUGUAAACUGGUUCAACAAGCUGUAACCUCAUGAUCAGAGACUCCAUCUCCGCAUUCUCCACUGAAUUCCUCAGAGGGUUUAACUUUCAAUCUCUACAGCGUCGGGACUCCAGUUGUUGUUCGUCGUCACGCUGAGAGCUUUACUUCUGCUUAGCGUCCGGCUUUAACAGUCAGCGUCAGUGUUUGACUCAGUUUCUAAAGGUACAGUGUGACAUUCAGUGAAAUCCUCUGCUCUUUCUUGCGGAGAGGUAAAUGUGAAGCUACAGCUGGCUAGCUUAGCAUAAAGACUGGAACCGAGGGGAAACGGCUAGCUCUGUCCGAAGCAGAAGAAGAAGAUGGCCGACUACUCAUACGACCAAUUAAAUGACACCCUUAAUGACACCUAUGACUAUGGCAACUGGGUUGGACCCUGUUCUCACCAGAAAAACCACAGCGUGGAGCUGGUGGUCGGCCCGUACAUCCACUCCAUCAUCUGCAUCCUGGGCUUUGUGGGGAACAGCCUGGUGAUCGUCACCUACGCCUGCUACAAGAGGGCCAAGUCCAUGACCGACGUCUACCUGCUCAACGUCGCCAUCGCAGACCUGCUGUUCGUGGUGUCGCUGCCUCUCAUCGUCCACAACGAGCUGUCGGAGUGGCCGAUGGGGAACACGGCCUGCAAGCUGCUGCGCGGCUCCUACAGCGUGAACCUGUACAGCGGCAUGCUGCUGCUCGCCUGCAUAAGCACCGACCGCUACAUCGCCAUCGUCCAGGCACGCCGCAGCUUCAGACUGCGCUCGCUGCAGUACAGCCGCGUCAUGUGCACCAUCGUCUGGGCCUCCGCCUUCUUGCUGUCCUUCCCCACCUUCUACUUCUACAGCAGGUAUGAGCCCUCCCACACCCUGGAAGCCUUCAUGGAGGACACGAUGGUGAACCAGACCUCCGAGGCUCAUCAUUACGUCUGUGAGUUUCAGUUUUCGGACAACUCCACCGCCUGGAUGACCAAGGUGGCGGUCCCCAGCACCCAGCUGGCCGUGGGCUUCUUCCUUCCGCUGCUCAUCAUGGUCUUCUGCUACACCGGCGUCAUCAUCACCCUGAUGAAAGCCAGAAACUUCCAGCGGCACAAGGCGGUGCGGGUGGUGCUGGCCGUGGUGGCGGUGUUCAUCAUUUGCCACCUGCCCUACAAUGUCACGCUGCUGUUCGACACCGUCAACAUGUUCGGGGAGCAGACGUGUGAAUUUGCGGACGUCAUUCUCACUGCCAAGACGGUGACGCAGACCAUUGCCUACCUGCACUGCUGCCUGAACCCGGUGCUGUACGCCUUCGUCGGGGUGAAGUUCAGGAACCACUUCAGGAGGAUCGUCCAGGACCUGUGGUGUCUGGGGAAGAGGUACAUCGCCCCACGCCGCUUCUCCAGGGUCACCUCCGAGAUCUACAUGUCCGCUCGCCGCUCGGUGGACGGAUCCAGCGACAACGGCUCGUCUUUCACCAUGUGAGGACGCCCGGCGGGCUCGUCCGUCUGUUGUGGACCAGGAACUUCCCCCCCUGAGCCCAAAGAUCUCUGGAGCUCAGCUUGGGGCCUGCUGGUAUCUAAAAGUCCAAACCUGACCCGAGCCUGUAAAUCAUUUUGUAAUCCUGUGUUGUAAAUCAGAGGGGUUUAAAUCUGCAACAGUUCUUUCAUUUUUACUUUUUUAACCUCUUCAGGACUUAAAAAAACUUUUGAAACGAAACAAUCUGAUAAGGAAACGUCCGUCUGGCUGAACUGCUCACAGCUCCGAGACAAACUGACCAAACGUCGCUUUGCUUUUAGAAGAGCUGAGUGCCUCUGUCCUAGAAAUGAUGCCCACACGCCUCCUGGAUCUGAAGGAAACCCGUCUGCUGUCGGGACUAUCUGUAUUAUUAUUUUGCAGUUCAGGAGGUUUCCGUACUGUGCGUGAGCCGAAGGUCAGAGGUCAGGGUGGCUGGUUCGUCAGCAGAGACCCACGUGGUGUCAGCCUGAGAUACUACACCACUUUGGUUCAGGAAAGACUGGGCUUUGGGUUCAAGACUGGAAAGGUCAAGAAGUCCAGUUUAGUGCUUCAAGUCUGUCAUUGAACCAUGAAGACCCCUUAUCUUUCCUGAACCUGAACCUGAACCUGAGGACGGACAGUGGACUCAACAGGGAAAACCGCAGUGUGACAACCACGUAUCUCCAAUUUUCCAUUCAGUUUCCACGAGCUUGUUGUGCUGACGUCCUCCUUCAGGUCUUAAAUGAUUCAUUUUAAAAGAAGAAUCGUCAGCUCACAGGGCAACAAGUUCAUCUUUGGAGAUACGUGGUUUUUACUGGACGGGGGUUGUAUUGCUGGUUUUUGAGAAUCCGUAUGUUCAGAGAUGUAACAACGUCUCGGCCAAUUAGAUCCUUAUAAAGAGGAUUCUGUUCCUGCUGUGGAGAGAGGUUCGAUGUGACCUUCAAAAUAAAAUCAAACAGAUAACUGACACAGUAAAACACAUUUAAAAUCACUUUUAGACUUUAUUCAGCAGUUUCACUCUGAUCCGCUCUCACUCAGCAGCUUCGCUUUAAACUUAAUCAGCUGACAGAUUAUUGUCGGGAUUAAAACCUGGACCUGGAGCCAGCUGAGAGUCUGAAGGCUUUGGAUUUUGUUUACAUGUUAAAGUGUCAGACUGAACUCUGUAACCUCAGGUGAACUGCCUCGCUUUGAUUUUACUUUCUGCUUCCUGUAAUCGCUCUUUAUCUUUUAGUUUCCUGUUCCUGUAAUAUUUGAGUUAUGUAACAUUGAAACUGAUGAAUGUGCUGUUCAUAUCUGAGUUGGACUUUACACAAUAAAUGUUUUCAUUCAAA